UUGCUUGCUACUAGCAGCAAGGUCGAGCUGUGCCACUGCUGUUUGACAUUUAGGAUAACGUUACCUCAGCCAUGGGCUUCCCCCACAUGACAAAAACGUGGUCCAGUCCAGUAAGAACAUGUGGAAGUUUCCAGGAGUUAGUACCGUAUUAGUACCAUAUUCACACAUUGUGCAGCAGUGUCAAUAAGUUGUCGUGUUAUAAGGAAGAUUUUAGCAUUACUCGCGUUGUAAACACAGCUAGCUGACAGGAGCUAGCUCAGUGCUCCACCGGUAGACAUGAGCUCCGCUCCAAAUCACGGUUCCGUUAACGUUACAGAGACUGGGCUGUCCAACAAACCCGUCUCUGCUCUCUCAAUAGCCGGACACGUCCAGCAGGUCGUCAGCCAUGUGAGGGUAGAGAACCUGGUCGCCGGACUCAGUGGAGGUGUGGUGUCAACACUGGUGCUUCACCCUCUGGAUCUGGUUAAAAUCCGAUUUGCAGUAAGUGAUGGCUUGGACUUAAGACCCAAGUACAGUGGCAUAUUACACUGUAUGAAGAGUGUUUGGCAGCAGGAGGGACUGAGAGGACUCUACCAAGGAGUGACACCCAAUGUUUGGGGUGCUGGAGCAUCUUGGGGUCUCUACUUUUUGUUCUACAAUACGAUCAAAGGGUACAGGAAGGAGGGUCGUCAGACUGAACUGAGCGCCACGGAGCACCUGGUGUCUGCAGCCGGAGCAGGCAUCCUAACGCUCACCCUCACCAACCCAAUCUGGGUGACCAAGACCCGGCUGGUGCUGCAGUACAAUGCUGACCCAAAUGGUAAACAGUACCAUGGGAUGGUAGAUGCUCUGGUGAAGAUCUACCGCCAUGAGGGAGUGCCUGGACUAUACAAGGGUUAUGUUCCUGGUCUGUUUGGCACCUCUCAUGGAGCACUGCAGUUCAUGGCCUACGAAGAGCUCAAGAGAGACUACAACAAAUACAAGAAAGUGCCUUCAGAUGCGAAGCUGAAUGCGUUGGAAUACAUCACAAUGGCAGCAUUAUCCAAAUUAUUUGCCGUGGCCACAACAUACCCGUAUCAGGUGGUACGAGCUCGCCUGCAAGACCAGCACAAUAGAUACAAUGGAGUUAUUGAUGUCAUCGGACGGACGUGGAGGAACGAAGGCGCCAUUGGUUUCUACAAAGGCAUCAUCCCCAACUUGAUCCGUGUCACUCCCGCCUGCUGCAUCACUUUCGUAGUUUAUGAGAAUGUGUCUCGCUUCCUAUUGGGACAGAAUAAAUGAGUCUGAAAAGCAUGGCAUGGACAGCUGCAGAGACUGAGAGCUCACACUGACGCUCUGGCGCCGUUCAGAGAUACAGAGAGAAAAGCAUCAGACUGAAGCAGAACUCUGGGCGGAGUGUAUAUGUUAAUGUGAUGAUGUGAGAAGCAUUCAUUUACACUGAAAAUGAAUGGACAAUUUGCCAAACUGAGCAACGGAACGGACGAAUAGAUGCAUGACAAACACUUUGACUUAUGGGGAAAAGUAUGUUGCUGUAUGUGCUAAAGGUGAUGGUGAUGCUGCUGCACUGUUGGUCUCUUUUUGUAUAAGUCAGGACGUCGUGCUCAUCAUAGACAUUUGAUAAAUAUUUCAUCAUGGUUCUGUUUACAUUUGAUGUUUUCUGACAGCAGAAAGGAUUACAGGCUGAAAUAUGAAAACCUGAUUAUAAACAGCAAAUUAGACCUCUUCUCAGGGUUCCAGUUGCAUGUAUUUGUAAUAUUAGUUUGUCUCUUUUAAAUUAUUUCUUUAUGUAAGCAGACAGCAGCAACGGAGAGGAUUUCUGUUCCAAACAUGCCAGUACUUUUGCUCAGAUUAUCUUUGUUUGCCGGCAACAAAUUGCAACUGCACUGCAUUAUAAUAUUUCAUUAUAAAGUCCAAAAUGCUUUAUCUGCAUUGUCAGUGUUUGAUGUAUAUAAAUACAUUAAAUGCGUAACAUUUGUGGCUA